AUGGUCGCUGAUUGGGAGUCCCGCGCAAAGGCGAAGAGAGAAGCCAUUCUCAACUCGAUUCCCGAGAAAUGGCGCCUUCAAAAAAUUCCCAGUGCCCAGGAGCAAAAGGAUGUCACCGGAGCAUAUAUUCAACAAUUCCUGAACGAGAAGGAAGUUGCAAUCACCGAAACCGACGCUGUCGGCAUUGCUGAAAAGGUCGCCGCGGGAGAAUGGUCCGCUGUCGAUGUCACAGAGGCGUUCUGCCACAGAGCGUCGUUGGCACAUCAAUUGGUCAAUUGCCUUCACGAAACAUUCUUCGAUGCCGCCCUGGCUUCCGCGAAAGACUUGGACGAGUACUACGCAAAGAACAAGAAGACCGUAGGCCCUCUUCACGGAGUGCCUGUAUCACUAAAGGACCAGUUCCAUGUGAAGGGUGUGGAGACCACCAUGGGAUACGUUGGCUGGAUCGGAACUUUCGAAGGCAAGCCGGAUGACCAGCGAAAAGGGACCUAUGAGAGCGAAAUGGUCCGAGAACUUAGAGCUCUGGGUGCGGUCUUAUACUGCAAGACGAGUGUGCCGCAUACAUUGAUGACUGGAGAGACGGUCAACAACAUCAUCGGCUAUACUUGGAAUCCGAAGAACCGAUAUCUCUGUUCUGGAGGUAGCUCUGGCGGUGAGGGCGCCUUGAUCGGAUUGAAGGGCUCCCCUGGCGGGUUUGGCACCGACAUUGGAGGAUCCAUCCGCAUUCCAGCAGCGUUCAAUGGGCUUUACGGCAUUCGACCAACAGCCGGAAGAUUACCAUACGAGGGCAUGGCCAACAGCAUGGAUGGUCAGAACAGUAUCUUGUCCGUUGUCGGUCCGCUUGCCACCACCGUCCGAGGGCUCCGGCUGCUCACCAAGUCCAUUCUGUCAGAGAAACCCUGGUUGCAUGACCCUCUAGUCGUCGACAUGCCCUGGCGCGAUGCCCAAGAACAAGCCAUUUUGGACAUUGUCAAGUCAUCUUCAAAUAAAGGCCAACUCAGCUUUGCAGUCAUGAGAUCAGAUGGCAUCGCCAACCCUCAACCACCAGUGGCGCGAGCAGUCAACAUGGUGGUUGAAGCUCUGGGCAAGGCCGGGCACAAAAUCAUCGAAUGGAAGCCACCUUCGCACCAAACGCUUCUCGACAUUUCACUGAUGACAUGGAGAUAUGACGGUGGAAAGGACGUGCACGAAGCAUUUGCUCUCUCCGGCGAAAAAAUAUCCCCUCAGGUCAAGAUGUCCUACGGGGACAAACCACGUGAACAAUUGACAGCGGCUCAAGUUGCGGCCAACAAUGUGGCCAAGAGGCGCUUCCAGAAAGAGUACCUGGAUUACUGGAAUAGCACCGCUCAGGAAACUGGGACAGGCCAGCCGGUCGACGGUAUCAUCUCACCUCUCGCGCCUUAUCCAGCGGCGAGACCGGAACUGUACAGAUACUAUGGCUACAGCGUCUGGGUCAACGGCUUGGACUACACAAGCGUUGUGGUCCCGGUUACCACAUCGGACAAAUCGGUGGACAAGUAUGCAGACGGAUACACACCGAUCAACGACCAGGAUAAGGAAGUUGUCGACUGUUACGAUGCGGAGUUGUAUGAUGGAGCCCACGUCGGCGUCCAGAUCGUUGGGAGGAGGUUCACGGAAGAGAAGAUGUUGGCCAUUGCAGAAUACAUCGGUCAAUUGCUUGGGAAAUAG